AUGCGUUAUAGCAUGGGUCUUCUAGUGCAUUAUACAGCAUUUUCAUUACCAUUCAAUACCGAUCGAGGACAACAUAUUUUGAAAAAUCCUGGAAUUAUUAAUGCAAUUGUCGAAAAAUCGGCUAUAAAACCUACUGAUGUGGUGUUCGAAGUGGGUUCGGGUACAGGAAAUCUUACUAUGAAAUUAUUAGAAAAUGCGAAAAAAGUAAUUGCUAAUGAAAUCGACAGUCGUAUGGUUGCCGAACUAAGGAAGCGAAUAAUCGGAACGCCAUAUCAGGACAGGCUUGAAUAUCGUGUCGGUGAUGUAAUAAAAAUAGAUUGGCCAGUUUUUGAUGUUUGUGUUGCUAAUUUGCCAUUCCAGAUUUCGUCACCAUUUAUGUUCAGAUUGCUUCUUCAGCGACCAUUGCCAAGAUAUGCGGUACUGAUGUUUCAAAAAGAAUUUGCUGAUCGAUUAACAGCUAAAACUUGUGAUAAACAUUAUUGUCGCUUAAGCGUAAAUGUUCAGCUUCUAGCUAAGGUAGAACAUUUAAUGAAAGUUAAAAAAACAGAAUUUCGGCCUCCACCAAAGGUUGAUUCGGCGGUAGUGAGGAUUACUCCGCGAAAUCCACCACCACCAAUAAAUUAUCAGGAAUGGGAUGGUAUGUUACGAAUAGUUUUCCAUCGUAAAAACAAAAUGCUUUUAUCAUUAUUUAAGAAUAAACGGGUUUGUGAUUUACUGGAAAAGAAUUAUCGAAUAGUAUGCAGUGCUAAAAAUGAGGCAAUCGAGAAAGAAUUUAAUAUGAAGGAUAAACUGGAAUCAAUAUUAACAAAUUCCGGAUUUGCCAGUAAACGUGCACGUCGUAUGGAUGUGGACGACUUUUUGAGCCUUUUAUUAGCUUUUAAUAAAGAAAAUAUACAUUUUGCUUAA